AGGGAUAAGCUAGCACAGCAAAUCCGGAGAAGUAGUACCGUCAACAAGCAACGUUGACGCUUCACGGUUCAUUUUAAUUCGUUUAUUCUUCUACGGCAUCGUUUAUAAAAUGAACUUUUGCAUAUGUCUUCUUGUUUAUUCACGGCUGGCCGCAGAGCUGAGGACCGAGAAUUGAUUCUGUCGGAGAUCGAGAUGAAUCUGGGAUCCAAAGGAAAGAAGAGAAUGGUUCUGCCGUCUCGACCUGACCCUCCGUCAGUGGAGCAGAUCAUAGAGGACAUAAACCGAGCUUACCCCAAUGAUCCAGUCUUCAGCCUUCUGCAGGAGUCCAGCGAAGAUUUGAAGGGGGGAUCAAGCAGCAGUGGAGUGGAGGCGAGGUACCUGCAGAGCCGCCGGUACUUGGAGCUGAACGAGAGGCUACAGGAGGCACGCACUGAACUAGUACAGAGAAGAGAAGAGCUCAGAGUGGUGGGAGAGUCUUUAGAGAAAAGUGUAGCAGAAGUGAAGGACGGAGCAAUCUGACAGACCAUCAUGUACUGUUGGAAGCCUCUCACUUCUUUGGUAUGUUUUGAUGAUUUUGAACUGUUGUGCCAGAAAGUGGACUGUCAUCUCUUUACCUGUACCUUGCAUCAUAAAUUCUGAAGAGCUGGAGUGUGGAGCCCAACCAACGAGGCAUUUCUGUCACUUACUAAUCAGAAUUGAAAUUGCUGUUGUUCCUUAUAAUAUCCUAUGAAUUUAUUAAUAAUCCCUUUGUGGAUUCGAUGUUAAUACAGUGAUUGUUAUCAUUAUUCUGUUUGACUGAAGAUGUCUAGACACACAGUCUAAAAGUAGACAGCACUGCUGUCUGUACUUUGUUGUGCUGUAUGUGCCAGAUUUAGCAGUGGUGUCAAAUUCUGCCUUUUAAACAUUGUCCUUUGAUUUUGGGUUAUGCUAUAGCUGCUGCUGUAGUUCUUCUGUGGGACAUCUUAACAACCUGUUAAACGGAUACCAGCUGAACUGGUUUAUAACAUUGAGUGUGUUUUCAUGCACAUAACAAUGGUAGAAAAUCAGAUUUAGUCAGUAAUCUGAUCAACACACUUAUAUGCCCUUGAGUAAUCAUAUGAUGGGAAACUAAUCAGGGCAGUAAUCAGAUUUCUAUGCAUCUGGCGAGUAAAUUCACAGAAGACGUGAUGUAAACGUAAAAUCAAACCUCAUGCCACAAUUUUUUUAAAGUGCCACUUUACCUGAAAUUAUGAAAAUACAUCAAGAAGAAGAGAGGUGGAAAAAUAAGAAGAUGAGAAAUAUUUAAAUCCUUCAUUUCAUUGACAACGUAUUCGGUUUCAGCAUCGCUCCAAAAGUGUUUUGCUGCGUCUCGCAGCAACGCUCCUUGCUUAUUUCCAGUAUAGCAGUCUGCUCCGCACAUGUGCAGACUGAGAAGUCCGAAAGAAAUCAGAUUAAGAGUUUACAUGCACUGAGAAAUCUGAUUACUGAGCGAAAAUCCAGCUCUCUUUAGCAGAGUUCUUAAACGGAUUUGUAGAUCAGAGUAUGGUGUUUACAUGACUAUUUGAAUAACUGGAUAACUGCAAAAAAUCUGAUUAUGAUAGGAUUAUUGCAUGUGAACACAUUGCUUCGCUCAGCUGUAAUGAAUUUAAGAUAUCAGUCUUGGGUGUUGUGCUCACUCUGUGAAAAAAUGACCUUAUAAAACAAUUCAUGUUAAAAGCACUUCAUUGUCCAUAUUGGGUAUGUUGAACAUUCAUAUGUGUUAAAGGGGGCAUUCCAAACUAAAACUAGCAUUUAACGUUGCUGUCUUAUGCAGUAUUCUGUAGAGCAGCACUGCAUCCAUCAGUCUCUGUUGCAUCAUUUUUGUUUUCCCUCAUCCAUAUUCUCUCACUACAGCAUCCUUAUCAAUUUGUACAUUAUGGAUUAUUCGGUUCUCCACUGAGAAUCCCCUUACUCAAAAAAAAAAAAACAAACUUUCAGGAUACAUCAGAAAUGGGUUUUCCUAGACUCUAAGCUGGUAAAUCCCACUCUAGAGAGUACUGCAGCAUCAUUGUUAUAUUUUUCAUGUUGACUGCAGCGUCUCUUACAAAUCAGGCUGUGUAAAAAUAGCACAUUUUUCACAUUUAUAAUGGACACAAUCUAUUAAAAUGAAGGUGAAAAAAUACACACCAAAUCUUCAUGAGUACAUUUAUUAUGGAAAUCAACCCUUGGCCAUCCCUAGGUAAUACUGUUGGUUUCCAACACAAUUUGCAUCCAGCAAAAAAAAAAACAUUUCAGCGUAUAGUGCUGGCGCAUUGAUUUGGACAUUAAU